AUGUUCUGUGGAAUGGGGUGGGGGAAUCCCUGGAGCGGGAGGGAUUUGGGAAAAACCAGGAAGAGCUCCCGGGCUCGGCGGAAAUCUGGGAAUAUCCCAGGGGAAAGGCGCCAUUCCCAGCGAUCCCAGCCUGGAUUCCUGCUGUUCCCACAUCCCAGGAAUGGGAAUGGGAUCAGGAAUAGGAUUGGGAAUGGGAGCCAGGAGCUCUCCAGGAUCCAUGGGAAUCCUGGAAUUCCCACUGUUUAUGUAUCCUAGGAAUGGGAAUGGGAGCAGCAAUGGGAUCAGGAAUAGGAAUGGGAUCCAGGAGCUCUCCAGGAACCAUGGGAGUCCUGGAAUUCUCACUGUUCUGGCAUCCCAGGGCUCAGGAAUGGGAUCAGGAGUGGGAUUGGGAUCAGGAUUGGGAUCCAGGAGCUCUCCCGGAUCCCUGGGAAGAGGAGGCGGCUCCAGACCUUGGGAUGGCUCCGAUUUUUGGGAUGUGGGAAAGGGGAAGUGGUGGGAAAACGCGGCCAGUUCCUGGUGGGAAUGUGGGAAUGUUGGGAAUGGGGUUUGUGGGAAUAUGUGGGAAUAUUUGGGAAUGUGUGCUCCAUCAAUGGCUCCAUCCCAGAGCCUUUCCCAGAAUUCCCAGAGCCUUUUCCUACGGCUCUACCCUGGAAUGUUUGGGGUGUCCAUGGCCCCAUUCCCAAAGAUCCAGAAGAUUUUGGGGUCCCCACCCAGGCCUGGGGAUAAUUUUGGGGUGUCCAGCCCCAAAUCCCGGUGGGAUCAUCCCUGCGAUGAGUUCCCACUCUCAACCACCCCCAAAAAAUUCCCCCCAGAUUCCCAAAAUCCCAUCGGGAUGAUCCCAGCCCAUCCCUGCGAUGAGUUCCCGGUCUCAGCCCCCAAAAUUCCCCCAAAUCCUCCCCUAAAUCCCCUCGGGAUUAUCCCAACUCUUCCUGGGGAUUCCAGCAAUGAAUUCCCGGUCUCCGCCUCCCCAAAUGCCCCCAAAAUUCCCAAAUCCCACCAGGAUGAUCCCAGCCCUUCCUGGGGCUCAGCCUUCCCCAAUUCUCCAAAAUUCCCCCCCCCAAAAUUUCCCAAAUCCUUGCCAUGAAUUCCCGGUCUCCGUGCCCCCAGAUCCCCCCCAAAUCCCAUCGGGAUGAUCCCAACCCCUCCCUGCAAUGAAUUCCCGGUCUCAGUCUCCCAAAAUCCCCCCGAAUUCCCCCCGGCCGCCCCCGCGCUGUUUUUCCAGCGGCCGCUCCCAGCCCGCGGCCGAAAUUUGGGAUCAAAACAGGAAACGGCGCUGCCAACACCAAUAAAGGGCCGGGCACGGAAUUCCCGGGAUGGGGCCGGGAAGGGGGCGCGGGACCCCCCCAGAGCCGGGAUUUGGGAUCCAGGUUCGGCUCCUUCCCUUUGGAAUUCCCGGAUUUGGGAAGCCGGGGCUCGGAGCGCUCCCAGUUCCCGCUGGGCAUUCCGGGUAUUCCCAGUUCA